ACCACCAAUUGCAAAGCAAAUUUACAAUUAGAACCAAAAGCUACUAAUGCUAUGAUUUCGUUGGGUCAACCACUUUCCCGUGAAGACAAGCUCUUCUUCUCUUCUCCUCUCCUUGCACAGUGAGACUUCCUGUGUCGCAACAGGCUUGCUACCUCACCUGAAAUUAUUAAAGCUUCAUGGACGAUGGUCGUGAAAAGAUAAAGAUUAUCCAGGAUCACUUUCAGGCUUCAACUCCCAGUUUAGACUCUCCUCAAACUGAAACUUCCUCAAGUUCGCAGCCAAGGGUCGGCCAUUCUUUGAGGUCCCAUAGCCCUGUGUUAUCCCGAAGAAAAUUAAGAAGAGCGGUGCAUAUGUUGAACUUAUUUAGUCUACGGGGGCUGCCAUGGAGUUCUGGUGGUGAUGGUCAGGAAAAGGUUGAACUAAAUGCUACAGAAUUAGAGUCACUUCGAUCUGAAAUUGCUGACUUGGAAGAGAAGGAAGCUCACUUGAAAGCUCAGUUGGAACAUGUUGAUGAAAUUUUGCGGUCUGCUCGCCUGUGUGGCUAUUUAUAUAUUCGAAUGAGAUGGGCAGCUCUUCCUGGAGAACCUCCUCCAAUUGAUGAUGCUGAAGUUGAUGAUUGGGUUCCUCGUUUUGUUGUCCUUCAUGGAUCAUGUAUCUUCUUCUUCUUCAUGUCUACAGAUUUAAGUCCACAGGAUUCCACCCUUCUGUCUGAUAUAACGGAAGUAGGUCCUCUGCCAAAUUUGACACGAGAAGACGAGGAGACUCGAUAUUGCUUUUAUAUUUUAACUCAUCAGGGACUUCGAUAUGAGUGCUCAAGUAUUUCUCAAAUACAGGUGGACUCUUGGUUGUUGGCUUUACAAUCAGAAUGCAAGUCUGGUUCUGAUAAGAAAGUAGUUCCCAAUGGCUCAAAUUAAGUGUAGAUAGAGCUGAAUUCUGUCCUGCCUUACCGUCGGGUUGGAUGAAAACAAUAGCACUAACCAAUUCUUCCUGUACAUAGAGUAGCAUUCUAAUAGGUGAUUUCAGACAGAAUGUAACAUACUCUCUUUAGCCUUCCAUUGAGUUGUCUGAAGGAUAUGUGUUUCUGCAAUUUCUCCAUUGAAGAUGUUCUGCCCUUCCAACUCUCCUCUUUCGCGCAGAAUCGGUAGCAUUUUUGUGCUGUUGUGAUUUCAGUGAAAGAUUAUGAUAACAGUAAGGGAUCCAUCUUAGAAUCUCUUAUCAAAUAUUUCUGCA